AUGGGUCAAGUAAUCCAACCAGGUCCGCAGGCAGCAGUACCCCAUCAAGACGCAAUGCCCCCCUACCAACCGGCCGCCCCAGUGGCGUACCCCAAUCGCUUCCCCCAGGUUCCCCAGGAUUUCCUGAGACCGGAGCCUAAACAGGGGUACAGAGCUCCUUACGAACCCCCUCCCUACGUCGCAGGACAAGCGUUGCAGCAACAAUGGGUGCCUCAUCAGACCAAUCAGGUUAUGCCACAGCAGCAGCAGAUGCAGGUUCAAUAUCCAGUUGGCAAAAACUCACGUAUGUUUGGUCACAAAGAAAAUAACCUUCAGAUACAAGACCCUCAUGAAUUAAGGUAA